AUGGAGACCAUUCUAAAGGAGUCCGUGUCGUUAUUUCUGCGAAAUACAUCGCGAGUAGCGACAUUUGGAGGUUCCACCGAGAUCGCCUUUCAGCGGAGCAGCGCGAUUGGAGCCUCGGAUCGGCGAGCGAAGUCCCGCAGCCCGCGGAGCCCCUCAGUGCCAGGCCGAGAGAUCCCGCAGACCCGCGGAGCCGAGCGCCGAUCAAGCCCGGACAGGGAGAGCCGCGGACUGUUCUCCUUCCCGGCGAGAGAGCCGGAGUUGCCCCCCCAAAAACCCCCGAGGGCGAAGCGUUUGUUGUUUAAUGACUACGUUCCGGGCCCUCGUUCGAAAGACCUUUUAGACGAACAAAGCACCAGCAGCGCGGGACGACCCCCCCCAGCCGCUCCGCAGCACACCGAGGCAUUCAUCCCCAGGGGGGAGGGAUUGCAACGGGAACAGAGACAGUCACUCGCUGACGUCACCACACCCACCACCCCUGCAUUGCCGGCAGAAGCGGCCCAAACGCCAGUUAUCCCGCUGGAUGUUGUCGAGCAGUUACUCGUGGCGGCCGCAACAGGUCGGUCAGCGGCUUUGCGCGCGGCGUUGCUGCCUUAUGCGGCUGCUACCUCCACGGAAUCGUGGCGGAUCGCGGGCGGCCCGGCCGUGGGGGCGGGCCCCGUACCUUCUGCGGGCCCGCCCCCAGGGACAGGGCAGCAGACACCGCCGGCCAUGCGGGCGGCAGUGCCGCCCCAUGAGCGGCGUUCGUCAUUCAGUUCCGCGAUCCCGGAAGUUCCAGGUUCCCCCGCCGAUCGUUUCGGGACGAUGUUACCCCCCCCCUCGUCGGUACGGCCGCGUCCUGCCGCGCUGACGACGGCCGGUGCCACCGUUCCUGCGUCUUCAGUCGUGCCAGAGGCUCCCGUGAUGUCUCCUGGCCGGCACGGAUCGCCGCCAUCGCUCCGGUCCGGUGCCGUGGAUGCCGGCGACCUGCACCCCCCCCGCCGGAGGCAUGGUCUCGUAUCGACCAGCAGGGCAGAUCAACGAGAUCGCAAAGACGGUGGUUUCGGAUCCACAGGACCGCCACAAGUCUUUUGGACAAUGAAUAUCUCCGAUCAGCGUCCACAGAUGAUGUGCACUUUGACCCUCUCAGGCUGCAGAUGAUACAUGCCUGCCUCAUCGUUUGGGGAAGUGGGUAUGCUUGCAUCUCAACAGAUACUGGGGUGCACUGCCUGCCUGCAAGGUGUGUCCGCCCUGACCUGCGAUAUCAGGGACAGAAUGCAGCCGAGGCACAGUCUUCAAAUGCUGAACAAUAUGCUGAUCACCAGCCAGACGAUCCCUCUGCAAGCAGAGGAUGAGCAUUCAUCUGUUUCUUUGGAAAUGUUUUAGCUUUGGGACAUUGUUAAAUAAGCUCUUUUGAAAUAUAUUAAGAAAUUAUAAGUUUGGAAAAUGGUGAUGGGUUUUGCUAUCAAUGUUAGCACUGAGUUUCUCAAAAAGCACUAGGUGUGAAGAUUUCCCUGAGUGCUUCAGGCAUCCACAGAUCUCCAGAGUGGUGUUUGUUCUCCUCCACGU